AUGGAAGUCACCAAGAAAGUGGGGGGCCCUGAUCCAUCGGGCUCCCAGGGCCACCCCUCAGCUGGCAGCCAGCAGCUGGGCGGUGGCCCUAGAGGGUCCCAGGGACCAUGGAUAAGCUCAGGAUCUGUAUACUUGAGGCAGGGGUUGUCACUGUCCACCGAGGCCAUCCUUGAUGGGUCCUAUGGCUCAGCCUCCCAGGCCCAUACACACGAGCCCAGUCACCAGCAACUGGGACCCUCUGAGGUUAGCUCCCAAUGUGGCUGUGAGCGGGCCUCUGAGGAUUCCCUGAGACUCUCCUCCACUAGCUCGUUUCCAGGCUCUAUCGUGGGAGCCCAAACACAUCUCGUCACAGAGAACAGGACCCUGGCCCUACCAGUGUGCAGGCACGGUGACCGCACCAGUGAUGUGGCCCAGCUCGGACUCUGCUGUUCCCGGCUUCAGGUGCAGAUGGCGGGGGAGGGCAAGGCUCCAGCUAAAGUCCUAGUAGGCUGGGGCAAAGGCCCCUGCAGCCCCAAACAGAUAGCCCCAUUGGGCAUUAGGAAGAGCCGGUGGCUACCGUAUUUUCUUUCAGGGGAGGAUGGCUCAGCUGCAGCCCAAGGUCCUCUUCUGGCUCCGGCCCAAGCUCAGGGCCAGGGCCAGUGCCCAUGUUCGGCUCAGGCUCCUCCAACUCCAACUCCAACUCAGGCAAAUACUCCAGCUCUGGAUACAAUCUCAAUGUCAGCAGCAGUUGAAUCUUACACCUGCAACCUUGACCACCUGAUGGAUACCAAUGCCAUCACCAAGGGCCUGUCCCAAGACCUCUUGCCCAGGAAAUGUGGCAACCAAUGGUCUAUCCAGUUGGAGUCUCCCAAAGGGGUCACAUCCUGCCAGGACAAAGUGAAUUUCCAUUCUCAGGAUGAGCCUGCCACCCCAGCACGCACUCCAAAAGAGUCCCCAGACCAGGCCCAGGAGCUCGAGGUUGCCCAAAGGCCGGUGUUACCAAGGCAGCCUGAGAACCAAGUGGAGAAACCCAUGGUCUGUACCUCCAGGCCAGGCAGCCCCAAACCGGGCUCAGGGCCUCCAGAAACCCCCAAGUCCAAGCGGGGUAACCAGGAGAUCUGCAGCUCUCAGCCAGGUCAGCAGCCCCUCAAUGCUUGCAGCAACACCUGCUCCAAUGUGCCGCCAUCUGCCUACCAAGUAACCUGCCGCAACUCCCCCACAGUACAGCCUCCCAAGGAAGCCAUGCAGAUACCCCCCUCCAGUGCCCCUACCUGCCAGCUCCGGGAUGCUGUGGAAGACCGUGUGCUGGUGUUUGAUAUGGCCACGGGCAACACCAGAACGGGGCUGCUGUGCCAUGACCCCAUGGGCUCAAGGGCAGUGCUGGUGGGCCUCAUGCCCAGCCACCCAUCCAUCUGUGCCUCUGAAAAUACGUUGUCCACCCGGCCAUUGACCAUGCCCAUCUUCUCCCCUGACAGUGAUGGCUCUAGCUUCUGGUCCACCACACCCAUGGUGUCCAGCCCUGUGCCCUCCAGCCUUUCAUCUGGAAGCUACCGAGAGGUGGCCCUGGUUCCCAAAGAGGCCAGGCUCAACCUGGAGUCACGAGGCUCCCCUGGUACUGAGACACCCAUCAGGAUGGGGAUGCUCACUGGGCAUGUUCCACUGGGUAUGCCCCUCCAAUUUGGAGAGAGGAUACUGAGCCAUGCCUAUGAUCCUGGCUGGUCCAAACCUGACGCUGAAAAAACCGAAACUAGUCACACCAUCUGGAUGCAGGAUGCCUCCAGGAUGCAGGACACCUCUAUGGUCCAGGCCAAGAAACUGCAGUGGAUGAACUCAGAGCUGACCCCAGAGCCUGUACCACCAGCCAAAAACCAGCAGGUGCCCAGACCCCUGCUCCAGGAGGAUGUAGGCAACCACAAUCAGAAAGAGGUCGUUAUUGCUCACCCUGACAGCCCUCAGGUCAAAGGUGCUGGGCACGCCCCACUCUGUGGUCAGCCCCCACUAGCUGAGCAGCAUCCCCUUUCCCGGCAGCCCCCUUCGGCCGGUCAGCCUCCCUCUGCAGAGCAGCGUCCCCUUCCCAGGCAGACCCACCUUUCUGGAUAGCCACCCCUAGCUGAGCAGGCCCCCUCCACCAAGCAGCCCCCACUUCCUGGUCGGGCCCCUCUCACUGGAGCCCCUAUUGCCAGGCAGCUUUCUCUCACUAGGCAGCCUCCCUUUUCCCAAGAACCCCCCAUCUCCAAUAAGCCCACUCUCUCAAGAGGUCCCCCCACCACUAGGGACCCUGGUCAGGCCUCCACCCUGUGCCAGGAAGGUGAGCCAUUGGGCCCGCCUACCCAUGUGGGGGUACUUCGGGUGACCCCGGCCCCUGAGGAGACCUGUGUCUAUGUAAGCAGAGAAAAUGUUGGUGUCAGUGCUGGUCAAAGCUUCAGCUCACAUCGGCUCUCAUCCUGGCAAGCUGGCAGCUACCCCAGGGAGCGGGAGGAGCAGCCUUCCCUGCUCACAUUCACCACACCUGGUCCUGGCUGCAAGGUCUUGCCCACAGCCCGGUUCAAGCUGACAGCUGAGGACAUUACACACUCGCCAGUGGUCGCGCAGCUUGGCCUUCUCCGAGGAGCCUGCUAUGAGCUGGUGCCCACCAUGGAUGUUCUGCCAGUACGGUCCCCAGUGCUCUGCCGCCAUUCACGGGACCCCUACCAGGACAUGGCAUCUGUGGUGAUCGACACAGGCACAGGCUUCACCAAAUGUGGACUGGCUGGAGAGGACCACGUCCUCAGUGUGCUGCGCUCACGCAUCCAGCUGCUCCAGCAUCCAGUCCACGGCCAGCCCAGGUACGCAGUGCCUGAGAACCGAGAGGGUUCCUACUCGGUGCUGAAUCGAGGAGUGGUCUCUGACUGGGAUGCACUGGAGGUGCUGUGGCAGCACCUGUUCUAUUGCAGGCUGGGUGUGCAGCCCGAGGAGCUGGCUGUGCUUGUGGCGGACUCACCCACAUCACCAUGCACGAACCGAGAAAAGGUGGCUGAAAUACUCUUUGAGCAUUUCCAUGUGCCAGCCAUGCAGACAGUGCAUCAGGCCCUGCUGGCACUCUAUGCUUAUGGGCGGACCACUGGGCUGGUGCUGGGCAGUGGCCAUGGCACCUCCUCUGUGGCACCCAUCAUCACCGGGGAUCUGGCCCCACUUGACACCUACCGGCUGGAUGUGGCGGGUGCUGACCUCACUGAAUACCUGGCUCAGCUGUUGCCGGCAGGUGGCCAGUCACUGUUCAAGGCAUGGCUGGUCAACCAGAUUGAAGAGGCCUGCUGCUAUGUGCCCAUGGACAUGACAGCUGAGAUGGCCCGUGCCCAGGCCCUGGCCCGGGUGGACUUUUUGCUUGCAGACAAGCAGGUUAUCACACUGGGCUCUGAGUGCUUCUGCUGCCCCGAGGCCCUCUUCCAGCCCAAUAUUCUAGGCCUCAAUCAGCCAGGCCUUCCACAACUAGCCCUCCUGAGUAUCAGCCGGCUGGAGGCCAAGCAGCAGGAGCAGCUGCUGGCCAGUGUGGUGCUGGACGGUGGCGGCACCCUGUUGAGUGGCUUUCCUGAGUGCCUGAGACAGGAGCUGGGCCCCGGUGCCACUGUGCUGGGCUCUCUGCACUGUGCUGCUGCUGCUUGGCUUGGAGGCUCCAUCAUGGCGUCCCGGGACUCCUUCCAGAGCCUGUAGCUCAGCCACCGUGAGUACGAGGAGAAGGGCCCAUGGGCCAUCUAUAAGUACCAUCUGUGA